AGCAGAGUUGAUGUGGAAGAGACUCGAACCUGGACCCGGAGAGGAUUUUACCUGAGGAACCGACCCUGCUGGAGAACCAGGGCAGAUGGAGGGAACGCUGGUUCUACGAUCAGCGUCUCGUCCUGACUGUUCACCUCCAGACCUUCCCUCUCCACCUAGAGACCUUCCUCCUCCACCUCCUCCUCCUCCUCCUCCUCCUCUUCCUCCUCCUCACCGCCCAGCCUCCUCCCAGCAGCGGUCCAUGAAGAGGCUGAACUGGGACACCAUCCCCCGGCAGUUGGUGGUGGGGAAGCUGAACGUUUGGACCUCCAGCCGGACCUCCAUCCGGACCUCCGGCCAGACCUCCAGCCGGCCCCUGAGGGACCUGGUCCUGGACCUCCGGACCAUGGAAGAGCUGUUCAGCCACGGCCCCCCGAGGGCGGGGGGGCCGAGGAAGGCCGGCGGCCCGGACCCGGUUCCCCAGGAGCCUCAGGUGACGAUUCUGGACUCCAAGAGAAGCAUGAACAUCGGGAUCUUCCUGAGAAACUUCAAAAGGCCGGUCGAGGAAGUGGUGGAGGACAUCCGUCAGGGCAACUGGCUGAGGUUCGAGGCAGGAAAGCUGAAGGAGCUUUGUAAACUGCUGCCGGAGCAAAGUGAGGUGAAGCUACUGCAGUCAUUCAGGGGGAAGACCUCGGCGCUAGCCGACGCCGACCGGUUUAUGGUUCUGCUCAUCAAGGUGCCGGGCUACGAGGAGCGCUUAAAGGCCAUGGUGUUGAGGGAGGAGUUCUUCCCUCUCAUGGAGGACGUGAAAAUAUCUGUCGCUGUCAUGACCAAAGCAGCCAACGAGUUACUGGACUGCGAUGACCUCCACUCAGUCAUUCGCUUGGUAUUAAAAGCCGGGAAUUACAUGAACGCUGGCGGCUACAGCGCCAACGCCAUCGGCUUCAGGAUGUCCUCCCUGCUCAAGCUGGCCGACACCAAGGCCAACAGGCCCGGCAUGAACCUCAUGCACUACGUUGCCAAGCAAGCCGAAGACAUCGACGCGGAGCUGCUGACCUUCACCAGCCAGCUGGAUCACAUUGGGACGGCAGCGAGGAUCUGCAAAGAAGAGGUGGUGGCAGACUUUGAGACGGAGGUGACCAAGAUCAGAGAGGUGAAGGCGUUCAGCAGCAGCCAGCCCAGCCUCCUGCAGCAGAUGGAGAUGUUCUUCCUGAGGGCUGAAGCCAAGCUGGCGGAUGUGGAAUCGUCUCUCCGGGAGCUGGACGACCUGAGCCGCGCUGUGGCCGAGUAUUUCUGCGAGGACCCGGCCUCCUUCCGGCUGGAGGAGUGCUGCUCCAUCUUCCACUCCUUCUGCCGGAGGUUCGACAAAGCUGUGCAGGAGAACCGCGAGCGAGAGGCAACAGAACAGAGGCUCAAACGGACGGAGAGCAUGCGCUUUACUGCGAAGCGUCGCUCCACCGGGUCCCGCAGCCCUGGGUCCCGCAGUCCCGGGUCCUGCUCCACCGGGUCCUGCUCCACCGGGUCCUGCUCCACCGGGUCCUGCUCCACCGGGUCCUGCUCCACCGGGUCCUGCUCCACCGGGUGCCGCCCCGCCCCGGACCCGGGCAGCGACUCCACCAGCUUGGAGUCUGCGCUGCGCAACCUCCUGUCCACCGCCCCGGACGGCAGGAACAGGAACAGGAGGAACUUGCACCCGGUUGAGGGGCCACCGUCCCAGUUCCCGUCCCGGACUUUACCGGCGGUGGUGCCGCCCACCACCCAAGAAAACCCAGAGAAGAAACACCUCCGACUGCAGGGAGCAGAUGUAACAGACAAGGAAAUGACUAAACCUGGGAACGAGGGAGUGGAGGCGACACGCCAGACGCCCGGGAAGAGUCCCGGCGACGACCUCGGUGGCCACCGAGCCUCAGCCGGUCCUGGUCCUGGUCCAGCUUCCCCCCCCAACACCCCUCAGCCCAGAACCAGAGACUUCUUCUUCGCCAACAACGGGGAGUUAGGCUCCCCGUGGACGAUCCUGAGUCCCGUCACCGGCCCCCGGAGACGGGGCCGAGUCGCCCGCCAGCAGAGGCCGCCGUCGGCCUCCCGGGGGGUCGACCCGGACGAGGUGAUCUGGGAGGACAGGGACCAAGGUCCCCCCAGGACCUGCGGCCGGAGCCGGCCGUCCACCCUGUCGGAAGGCUCGGCGUCGCUACCGGAGCGCCUCGUUCCCAGGCCCGUGGCCCGGUCCGCCUCGGUGGACGAGGGCCAAGGCCCCCCGACGGGCUUCCGGCUGGGGGACCUCUUCCAGACGUCCCACUGGUCCUCCAUCUCCAGGGGGGAUGGGAACAAUGACGGCGGUAAGACGGGGGUUAGCGCCGAGGUCCCCGUUAGCACCUCUGGAUUGAUCUCCUUCUUCAGACGCAUCGGAGGCAGGAGUAAACCCGACGACUCGGACGAGGAACCGUCUCCCUGUUGAUCCUUGUUUUUUUUUUAACCUUUUUUUUUGUGCGUUUGUCCUUUUUACUGUUUGACUUUUUUAGCCGUCGUGUUUUUUCCCCUCCAGCGGGAACCAGGCAACCGGGGACUUGCUUUGAACUGUCAAGGGUUUUUCCUGCUGGAGCUUAAACUACAUCCCAAACUUGCCCAAAGUCUUUGUUUUUAUUUGUCUUUACUUGUGACACAAUAAAAAGUAUUAUACCAAGGUCUGUGUGAAUACUCGAUUCUGAUUGGGAUAUAUAUAUGCAUUUUUAAUAUAAAAUAUAUAUCGUAUUUUUUAAUAUAUCAUAUAUUUAUUUUAUAUAUAUAUAUAUUUUUUAAUUGCCUCAUAUCUUUAAUAUCAUUGCGCUGGAUCAACUGCCACGUGGUAACCACGGCAACGGAGAUUCAGAGAAGAAGAGCCGGAAUAUUUGUAGUUUAAUGAAACGUUUAUUUAUUUGAA